AUGUCGCGUAACAGCGGGGGCGCGAGUCCCAUCUUCACAGACAGUUCUACCGCCGACUUUCAGAAAGUAUUUGCGGUCAAAAUUGAAAAUGCACUCGACGAGAUUAAGUUCAACACCCGACAGCCUACCUGGAUCUCGCUGGCUGUGUGCAUCUGUCUGGGGCUUUUCCUGCUCGCCCAACUCAUCCGGCUGCGCCGCGACCUGGACACCCUGGUGCGGUACCAGGAGCUCUUCCGCAGGAUGUGGGACGACGACAAGGAGCUGAUGCGGGAACAGAGCACGGUCGACGGCGGCAGUCGGCAGGGCGAAGAUGUCGGGGAGACCUGGUAG